UAAAAUAUAAGUUGUGUUCAGACAGCUGUAUCUUCAAAAAUUGCAAGUUUUUAAUCUUAUAUGACGGAAUGUAUCGAUAAGGGUAAGAUAUAAGAUAGAAGAAGCAGUGAAGUAAAUUUAUGUAUAAAUUCAUAGCCAGUAAAAAUGGCCUAUGUAUUUCACACAUACAUAGAGAGAAUACAUAUGCUAUUUAUUAUGAUACUGCAGCGCUUAACCUAAAACAGGCAGUUGCCGGAUAUCUGUCUUCGAGUUCGGUAGUAAUUUCAUUACCUUUCAGACCCGACAAAGUGGAAAUUACGGUUCAAUGCAUGCUUAGAAACUGAGUUAAAAAUGCAUCGAUCCGUGCUCGUCGCAUUCGACUUCGAUCACACGAUUAGUAACGAUAAUACCGAUGUCGUCGUUCGUAAGCUGUUGCCCCCGGAAAAGUUAACAGAUAGCGUAAAGGAAUUGCAUCGUACUAGGGGUUGGAUUUCGUAUAUGGCGAAGAUAUUUGAAUUGUUGCACGGCUGUUCGAUCGAUAGUAAGCAAAUCGAAAAAGCAAUUGUCAAUAUACCACCAGUGCCCGGUGUCGAAACACUUUUAAAAGAGUUACACGCCCAAGGUUGCGAAGUAAUCAUUAUUAGCGAUUCGAAUACUUUAUUUAUUGGACAAUGGUUAAGGAGUAGGAAAUUAGAACACGUCAUCGCUCAUGUGUUUACGAAUCCAGCGAAAGUUGAUGAGAAAGGCGUAUUAAGGAUAGACAUGUACCACGUACAGGACUCCUGCAAAUUGAGCACCGUUAAUUUAUGCAAAGGACAAAUCUUAGAGAGCUAUAUUAAGAAACGAAAAAGCGAAGGUGUACAUUUCGAUCGAGUGGUUUACGUUGGUGACGGGAAAAACGAUUUGUGCCCAAGUUUACGACUCAGCGAGCGUGACUUGGUCUUUCCGCGAAAAGAUUACAUGCUUAUUAAGAUACUGAACGGAACCGAAAAAAUGGAUAUCCCGAAAAUGAAAGCUCGAGUAUUUCCUUGGAGCGAUGGUACGGACAUUCUGAAGACACUAGAGGAAGAAGUAUUUCAAAAUUCCUUAUAAUUUCAAAUGACAAUGAAAGUACAAGAAUUUAUUAAAAA